AUGUCUGGCCGGUCGGGAUCGAACUCCCACCGUCGCCAUUCUCGAGAACCCGCCGACGACUUUCCACCUCUUCCAGUACCCCGACUGCCUUCUCUUCGAGCCCUUGCCCACGCGCAACGUGAUCGUGAUCGAGAUAGCCCUUCGCCGAAUUCCCACAACCGCCCUCAGUCUCGACAUUGGUCAGCGGCUGCUCGCCGCGCCGAGCGUAUCCGUAACCUGGAAAAUAGACCUCCAGGCACCGGCUUCGACGACUUUGAACGACCCAUGGACAACGGCUGGCCGACAUCUCGACGUACUGACCGUAUGAGGAACGCCGAGAACAGCAGACCCGCCAAUCUUGAAGACAUUGAUCGACAUCUCGAAGAAGCAAACUCCCACUUGAGGGCCGUCCUUGAUCGCCAGCACCCUCCCCCAAUGCCGCCCAGCUUCUCCCCUCCGCUUCGUCCUACAGACUUGCAAGACUCGAAUCGACGGCAUAAGCGCCGAAAGUUGGAUUCUGACAGACUCGCACCCUUCCGAAGCUUUCGUUAUGGAAAGUACGGCCAGGUCGAGCAGGGCGAUCUCAAGAUGGAGAUAGUCAGCUGUGAUGGUGGCAUGUUCUCCAACGAGUCGUCUUAUGCCGCCGAGAAUAUACUCAAGAAUGACGCUUCGGUGUAUUGCACCAAAGGCAAUCGAUGUAAUAUUGUCUUGCGGCAUCAAGGCGGCACCGUCUUUACUCUCCGGGAACUGGUCAUCAAGGCACCUGGGUCAAUGAACUAUUCACAUCCAGUGAGAGAAGGAAUGGUUUUUGUGGCCAUGACCCAGGAUGAAGUGCUGAACCGGACAGCCCAGUAUCAGAUCCAAUAUGCGCCACACUCGAAUGAGCCAAAUCAUGAAGGAGAUUCAAGAGUUUUGCAGUCUAUUCCAAACGAAAUAAUAUCAGUUCAACACCACGAGAACGGAACUACAACCACGAGAGCUCGCCCGCCAUACUCAUAUCGAAGCAAUACCGACGACUAUGAGCCACGAACUCCACAGAUGCCUCGAGAAUUCGAAUCCAAUCUCCCAGACCUUCAAGUUACAACGGAAUGCAGCGAUGAUGAAGAUGAUGAAUAUGAUAAUCCUCGUCUUUACCGCCGAGCACCUGAUCGUAUCGGCUCACUUCCUUUCGAAACGCUAGACUCUGAUUCUGAUGAGAAUGAUAACCCAUUUAACCCUGAAUAUCUUGACGACCAUCAUCCCUCCCACUGGCGCCUUUACAGCAGUGCUGCCAAUACUAGUGGUCCAGGCUUCUCCCCUCCUUCACGCCGCCGCGAACGAGAAAGAGGAGCGUGGGAAAGAGAAUGGGAGCGAGAACCUGAUCGCUCAAAUCGAUCCCAUUCUCUCACCGCGGCCUGGGAAGCCCACGCUUCUGCCACACAAGAUGCUGUACGAGCUGUCGGCGGCGGUCAGCUCCUCUCACCACACGCUCGCUUUUACAUCGAGAAGAAGAAGAGCAAAUGCACAAUUCGUUUCGAUCCUCCCGUUUCAGGCAGAUUCAUCCUUUUGAAGAUGUGGAGUUCUCACCAUGAUCCCACAAGCAACAUUGACAUUCAGUCUGUUUUAGCUCGGGGGUUUGCAGGGCCCCGUUAUUUUCCAUCAGUCGAGUUGCGUUGA